AUGGCCGACGUCGGAACUAUUCGAACAUUUGUAGAUUUUCUGAAGGUUCAUGGUCUACUACUUGCAGCUGCCGGUAUUCCUCAGUCACUUUACCGGAAACUCUUUGAGAAGCUGUCCACUGAAACUUUCGAUGGCGGCAAUUACUUCCAGGUGGAGCCGGUAGAGGAUGGGCGACAAAGGCGUCUUGUUCUCACCACCUCGAAUUCCAUGGGAAAAGAAUCAAACAUUUUUCUCGUUGAUCAUGCUUUGUCCUUUCGACUUUCGGAUGCCCCCAAACAGCUGCAAGAAGUUCCAGGGUUGGUAGAGAGAAUGGCUUCAUUGAUGUGUGUGGAUAUUGAUUUGAAUUCAGACGAUGAAGAUGCAGAUAAAGAGGAUAUCAAAUUAACUGUUGUGGAAAUCGUGGAGAGAGAAUUGGAGAAGGUGAAAAUGGAGGGGCCUGGUUCAGUGGUGUGGUUGGAACUCGAGGAUCUUGACAUUGAUGACGAUGUCUUUGUGUCCCUUGAUUUACCUACCAAAUUUCCUGACUUAAUUGCACUUAGUCUGUGCAACAACAAGCUUAAGUUCACCGAGACAAUCACGAAGGAAAUUGUGAAGUUCAAACACCUUAGAGCUCUCUGGCUAAACAAUAACCCAAUCCUACAGAAUUUUGGUGAUCAUGUUGCAGAUGCUAUUAUUCAUGAUUUUCCAAGACUUGAAAUCUUGAACUCAUCUUUUACACGAAAAUACACGGGCUGGGCUUUGGGUUUCUGUGGAGGAAUUUAUGACAAAGACAAUCCGGGAUGUGGACAUGAGGAUGAUAAUCACUUGUUGCAGGGUUUGACUUCUCUUGACCUUUCAAACAGACGUAUUCACAGCCUACACAUGGGGUUUUCACCUGAUGCUAUGCCAUCUCUUUCCCACUUAAAUCUUCGAGGAAAUCCAUUAGAUGAUCACUCUGUAUCUGAUUUACAUGAACAUCUAAAAGCCUUUACCAGCUUACAUUCGAUUGAGGUGGACAUUCCUGGACCUCUAGGAGACAGUGCAAUCAAGAUUGCUGAAUCUCUUCCUAAUCUUUCUUUACUAAAUGGUGUAAACACAUCAAAAAUUUUAGAAUCUGGAAAAAGUGUGAUUGAUUCAAUGCUUCUUCCUCGUCUUCCUGAAUGGGAUUCUGGUGAACCCUUAAUUGAUCGUGUCUUGAAUGCCAUGUGGUUAUACUUAAUGUCUUAUAGAUUAUCAGAUGAAGAGAAGAUUGAUGAGACUUCUAUAUGGUAUGUGAUGGAUGAAUUGGGUUCAGCUCUUCGACACAGUGACGAGCCAAAUUUCAGAGUAUCACCAUUCCUAUACAUGCCCGAGGGAAAACUUGAGUCAGCAGUGAGCUUCACGAUUCUUUGGCCUACAAAAAAUGUUGAAGAUGGUGAUGAAUGCACUCGUGAUUAUUUAUCUGGGAUUGGAGAAAAGAAGCAGCGUUCUGCUAGACUAACAGCUUGGUUUCAUACACCACAAAAGUACUUUAUCAGAGAGUACGAAACAUUUUGGCAGAAUUUGAGAUCAAUAAGUUCUUCACCAGUUAAUAAGGCAUCUAGAACUGGUAGUCUGGCACGCAGUGAUAGAUGUCCUCUUCGUGUUUAUACAGAUAUUCCACAGGUGGAAGAAAUCUUGACACACCCAGGAUUUAUAAUCACAAGUGACCCAAAGGAAGCGGAUAUAAUAUGGACAAGCAUGCAGGUGGAUGAAGAAAUGAAGAAGGCUGUAGGUCUAAAUGAUCAACAAUGCAUGAAUCAAUUCCCUUUUGAAGCAUGUCUUGUUAUGAAACAUCAUUUGGCAGAUACGGUUCAGAAGGCUUAUGGAUCUCCUGAAUGGUUUCAGCCUACUUAUAACCUUGAAACACAAUUAACACAGUUUAUUGGAGAUUAUUAUGCACGUGAAAACAAAGGGGAUGACAAUUUGUGGAUUUUGAAGCCUUGGAAUAUGGCAAGAACUAUAGAUACAACGGUUACUGGGAAUUUAUCUGCUAUUAUACGGCUCAUGGAGACUGGCCCUAAAAUAUGUCAAAAGUAUAUAGAAAGCCCAGCUUUGUUCAAGGGGAAGAAGUUUGAUCUUCGGUAUAUUGUUCUUGUUCGCAGUAUGAACCCAUUGGAGCUAUUCAUCACCGACAUUUUCUGGGUGAGACUAGCAAACAACACGUACACUUUGGAUAAGAAGAGUUUGUUUGAGUAUGAGACACAUUUCACUGUUAUGAAUUACAGGGGAAAAUUGAAUCAUAUGAACACACCAGAGUUUGUAAAAGAAUUUGAGCAGGAACAUCAAGUUGAAUGGUUAGAAAUUCAUUCAAGAAUUAAACAGAUGAUUCGAAUGGUGUUUGAAUCAGCAACUCUAGUCCACCCAGAGAUGCACAGUCCAAUGUCUAGGGCUAUGUAUGGUGUGGAUAUCAUGCUUGAUCGCUCUUUCAAACCCAAGUUAUUGGAGGUUACCUAUUGUCCGGAUUGCACUAGAGCUUGUAAAUAUGACAUGGAAGCCAUUACAGGUGGAGGCGAGAUCAUCAAAGCUAAAGAUUUUUAUAACUACGUGUUCGGUUGCUUGUUUUUAGAUGAAACAACUCAUGUAUCCGCAUUAUGA